AUGGAUACGUGCAGUGAAGCUCCCUCGAUAUGCUCGCGAGACUCGAUUGAAGAUAUUUGGGGGCCGAGAACACCGUAUGUUCAUCAGUGGCCUACGAGGGUUGAUCAUGCUUGUGAUGAGGAGCCGGAGAAAUGGGUGCAGAGUGCAUGUGUGCUGUGCAGUAAUGGCUGUGGGCUUGACAUUGGUGUAAAAGAUGGCAAGGUCGUAGGUGUGAGAGGCCGUGCCACUGACCGUGUCAACAAAGGGAGACUGGGCCCCAAAGGUCUCAAUGGGUGGAAGGCAAUCAACAACAAAGAACGGCUCACUCAUCCCCUGAUCCGCCGAAACGGCAAGCUAGAGCGCGCAACUUGGGAUGAAGCCAUGGAUCUCAUUGUCAAAAAGUCAAAACAACUCGCUGAGAAACUCACAGCCCAUAGUAUCGCUUUCUACACCAGUGGGCAGCUGUUUCUUGAGGAAUACUAUGUUCUUGCCUUAAUUGGAAAAGCUGGACUGAACACGCUUCACAUGGAUGGUAACACCAGACUCUGCACUGCAACAGCGGCAGCUUCAAUGAGAGAGUCAUUUGGGUCCGAUGGACAGCCUGGUUCUUACACUGAUAUCGACUACACGGAUUGCCUCUUCAUGGUAGGGCAUAACAUGGCAGCUACCCAGACUGUGCUUUGGUCAAGAGUUCUCGAUCGACUGGCUGGCCCAACUCCCCCAAAGUUGAUCGUCGUGGAUCCGAGAUACAGUGAGAGUGCUUCCAAAGCUACACUGCACUUGGCCCCAAAGAUCGGUACCAAUCUCGCGCUGCUGAACGGUAUUCAGCAUCUCAUGUUCAGGAACGGCUGGAUCAACGAAGCUUAUGUCUCAAAGCAUGUCGUCGGUCUUGAAGCUCUAAGAAGCACAGUUGAAGGCUACAAUCCGGAGAGAGUUGCAGAAAUCACCGGUGUUCCAGCAAGCAAGAUUGAAGAGGCUGCUAGUAUCCUCGGCCAAACGCCAAGUCUUCUCUCUUCAGCUCUUCAAGGUGUCUAUCAGUCCAAUCAAGCGACAGCUAGCGCGUGUCAAAUCAACAAUAUUCACCUCCUUCGCGGUCUCAUUGGUAAGGCAGGAACUGGUAUCUUCCAGAUGAAUGGUCAACCAACUGCUCAGAAUAACCGCGAGACCGGCUGUGAUGGCGAGUUCCCUGGGUUCAGAAACCACCAGAACGCUAAGCAUAUGCAAGAACUUGCAGACUUGUGGAAUAUCAACAACAUCCAAGUGCCGCACUGGAAUGAGCCUACGCAUAUCCAUAACAUGUUGACAUUCAUGGAGAAGGGCUCUAUUCGAAUGGUUUGGGUUUCUGGGACGAAUCCCCUCGUCAGCUUGCCCAACCUUCCCAAAGUCCGAGAUGUAUUUACUCAACCGGAGCUCUUUGUCAUCUGCCAGGAUAUCUACAUGACUGAGACAGCUUCUAUCGCUGAUGUUGUCCUCCCAGCUGCUCAGUGGGGCGAGAAGACAGGAUGCUUCACAAACGUUGACCGAACGGUGCAUUUGUCUCACAAAGCCGUUGAACCGCCUGGAGAGGCGAAGCCAGAUCUUGAAAUCUUUCUAGACUAUAGUUGUCGCAUGGAGUUCAAGAAUAAAGAAGACGAGCCCCUCACUCCGUGGACGGAACCAGAGGAAGUCUUUGAGGCGUGGAAACGUCUAUCUGCAGGCAGACCUUGCGAUUACACAGGCAUGUCUUAUGCGAAGCUAACAGGUGGUUCUGGUAUCCAGUGGCCCUGCAACGGCCAGUAUCCCGUUGGCAAAGAGCGACUCUUCGACGACGGUGUCUUCUUUACAGAUAUUGACUACUGCGAAAGUUAUGGUCAUGAUCUACAGACUGGUGUGCCAUAUUCCGAAGAGUACUACAAAGAACUCAGGCCAGCUGGUCGUGCAAUUCUCAAGACGUGCGACUAUAUACCCCCAUAUGAAGAUCCGGAUCAUGAGUACCCUUUGAGGCUUUCGACAGGACGGAAUGUGUAUCAUUUCCAUACCAGGACCAAAACAGGGAGAACUGCAUUGCAGAAAGCGUGUCCCGAGCCUGAGGUCCGAAUAUCUGAGAAGGAUGCUGAGACUCAUGAUGUCAAAACAGGAGACAUGGUGGUAAUCAAGUCCAGGCGGGGCGAGGUUGAGAUGAAGGUGAAAGUCGGCAAGAUUUCUCAAGGACAAGCUUUCAUCCCGUUCCAUUUUGGAUACUGGGACACAAAGGAUGGAAGGGCACGAGCCGCAAAUGAGCUCACGAUCACCGAAUGGGACCCUAUAUCGAAGCAGCCGACCUUCAAAUCUGGUGCAAUAUCCAUCGAAAAGGUCCCAGAUGAUCGCCCAACGGCAAAGGAACGGCAAUCGGAAGCUUUGGCAAAAGCAGAACAGCUGCUAGAUCAUCUAGUAGCCGACUCAGAAGCUCACUCCGGCGUCCGAAUUCUCAUCCAAAUCACCAAAGACACAACCAAACGCCUCAAACCACAGGUUGAUAAAUUCGGUGAGAAUCAAGCCCGUGGUAGACACGCCGCUCAUACGCUGCGCGACUCAUUAUUCCCCAAGAGCGAUGAUACACCAAGUCAACUACAAGUGUUGGAAGCGCUGCGAAGUCUGCAGGUGUAUUUGGCUCAUCUACGUGUUGGGCUGGAGGCGCUGAACCCUGUUAGUCAAGCAAUUUGGGAUGAGGAGUUCUUUCAGGCGGUAUCGUAUGCUAUUUCGCAGGUUAAGAGAAUGCAGGAUUGGGUGACGACGCAGAUCAAGUCUCAACACCUCAGCCAACUGCUCAGCCUGCGGGCAUUAACCAACAAGAAUAUGCUCCCGACUCCAUGGAAAUGGUUCAGCCAAGAGCGCAUCAACCUAUGGUACCGGCCGUUGAUCGGUGAUGAGAUCCGCCUUCUCAAGAUCGAGACAGCCGACGACGUUGAAGCUGCAGCCAACAAUGCGAAGCGCCCUUCCAUAGCAUGCUCACUCGAGCAUGUUUGCCUGCCACCUGCGUCAAAAGGAGCCUUCAAUCAACAGUUCAAAGGAAACGGUGGAACGUGGCCAGAGCUUUCUGAGGGCCACGACACUGAUGCGCUCUUCAAGAAUGGCCGUGAUCCACACCGCGACGAAGGAGACUCGACAGAGCAACCCAUUUCGGAUGAAACAAGUUUAGCGUGGCGACACGAAUGGGGUGAUUUCAUCGCCUUAUCCUAUGUCUGGGGCCAUCCAAAACUAUCAGAAGGAGAAACACCUUACUCCAUCACAGUCAACGGUUGUCAUUUUGAAGUAACUCCAAACUUAUAUCACGCCCUAGUGCAGCUCAGCCAAAGCUAUAGAAUACGACAGGGCUUCAAACUCUGGGUAGACGCCAUCUGUAUCAACCAAAAUGACAACGACGAGCGCGGUCAGCAGGUUGCGAGAAUGCGCGAUAUAUACCAGUCUGCUUGGCAGGUCGCUAUAUGGCUAGGGCCAGCAGAUCAAAACAGUCAACUGGCUCUAUCCGCCCUCUAUUGGCUAGCACGCGAGUCGAAGCGACCUAGUCCAAUGGAGGAUUUCUAUAUCGAAAGCUUCUCCAUUGACUUGCGUCCAAUUAUCAUCAUGUGGCCGACUUAUGAAAGCCCCAUAGAAAAAGAAGUCUACAAAGCAUUAUUCUAUUUCUUCACCAGGCCAUACUGGCGCAGAAUGUGGGUAGUUCAAGAAGUAGCUGUGGGAAACCCCAACACUCCUGUUAUCUGUGGCGAUAAAUGUAUUUCUUGGUAUGAUGUUCAUCAGGCUGUCAAUCUUAUCGCUGGGGAUGAUUCAAGAUUCGGUCACGCCAUUCUUGAGAGCGUUCGGCCGCUGAUAUUGACAACAUGGUCGUUUGAGUUUGCGCGUGAUAGGCUGAUCAAGGAGAGAGACUGGGCACCAGAGAGGAUGUGGAAGGUUCAGCAGACUAUGAUGCGAAUCCAAGAACAUCAAAAGAUUGAAGCUCCAUCAACGGCAUGGCAAGAGCUCGUGCGGGCACUGAAUCUCGCGCGAGAUUCACUUGUGACAGAAGAGAAGGAUAGGGUCUACGGCAUCUUGGGCAUAAAGGCCAUCGCGGACAGAAUUCACAUCAAGCCUAACUACAACUUAUCAAAAUCAACAAUCUUCGCCAACUUUGCGUCGGAGCUCAUGGCAAAGGGCGAUCUCAACAUGCUCCGUCUGGUUUCAGGUCCUGGAGGCCACAUACCAACAAAUUGGACAGUCGACAAACUACCCGCAUUCUUACGAAAUCAGUCUAUCGCGCCCUUCUUACUAGCGAUCUUGAAUAGCGUCACCAAAGGUCAGGGAACAACUCCAGUUGGUACCUUUUGCAAUCACGAUAUUCCUUCCUGGGCUGUGUGCUGGACAUGCACUCCUGCUCCGGCGGCUCAACUUGGUGGUGCAUACCAAUCAGACGCAGGUUUGGGUCAAUCGAUACCAAUGUUCUCUCCAGCGUGUGCCAGUCUCACUACCAAGGGUGUCAUUUUAGACACAAUUAUAUCGUUGAGUGCAUGCAAUGCAAGUGAGGUUGACACUCGCUACCCACGCAACUCAGCUUCUUCUCAGAGUAUCUACGGAGAUCUCGAAGCAACCAGAAACGCGUUUUGGAGAACUAUAGUAGCAGACACGACCUCCCAAGGCGGCGAAAUGGCCCCAGAGUCUUAUGCCUGGCUUCUUGAUCCCAAGUUGUGGCAGAGCGGUGUUGCUGGCAUUUACACUCAUGGCUUUGGACUCUAUAUCUUUGUGAAACGGAACCGGCAGCUUCAACUUUGCGGAUAUACUCUGGAAGAGAUCAUAUUCAGACCCAGAAAUUGGCUUACACGACUAAAAGCGGGACUUGUUGGAGAAAGUCUGUAUAAUCCUACUGAGAUGCAGCGAGAUUCUUUGUCAUGGGCGAUUAAUGCGAUGGCGUGGAGACGAUUGUUUGGGACGCAGAAUGGCAGAAUGGGAUUGGGGACAUGUGCAGCCGAGAUCAACGAUAAAAUUGUUCUCUUGAGAGGUUGCAAUACGCCACUUAUCCUCCGAGAAUUCAACGGAGGCUGGAAGCUCAUCGGGGAGCGUUAUACUCAUGGCGUUAUGUACGGCGAAGUAACAGCCAAGGAGGAUGAACUUGUAGAUAUCACGAUUUAUUAACGACCAGUAGCAUAAUGAGUAUC